CGGGUUGUCAAGGUCGCUUGUUGGUUGGCGAUAUUCGGUUUGCUAUCUGUUUACGAAAUCGACUUGCGUUUAAUUGCAGCCUGAUUAAGAAUCCGCUGUCGUCAUGGCACAAAAACGCCGUAAAGAUUUAGCUAUUCCGGAUACAGAAUGUGAUGGCUGCCACUUGGAUCUUCUUCAAAACGAUCGGAAAACAAGGUUGCUUUCAUGCUCUAGCAUUACGUAUAAGGAUUUGGUAAGUCAUGUAUCAAUAAACAUGCGCAAUUAAAGUUUGGACUCGCCACUUCUAGCGAGAUUUUUCUUCUUUUCUCCGGGUUGUCACUUUCCGUUGUUUUCGGCGCUGCAUUUCCUGUAUCCAUACUAGUCUUCCGCUGGAUUGUCAAUGACAUUACAAGAACUGUUGAUGUUUCAUACGUAGAAAUAUACCGCGCGUCUGUUUGGCUUGCAGUUAUUGCGGUUAGUGCCUUUCUGAUAUCCUUUGGUCAAGUAUGGUUCACAAACAUCUGUGCUUCACGUGUUGUAAAACGUAUCAGGCGACUUCUAAUCCAAGUAUGAUCUCCAUAUUGAAUCUAAUUGCGUUUUAUGUUCUCGCUCGUUAACGUUCUUCAUUGCAGUAUUAAAUCAAGACGUAGCUUGGUUGGACGAACAUGCCGUCGGAAGUCUCAUAGAUAAAUUAACUGAACACACAACUAAUAUACAUCUUGGUAUUGGGGAGAAAUUAAGUGAAUUUAUUCAGAAUAUUUCUAGUUUCUUUAUUGGCUUCUUUAUCUCAUUCGCGUAUGGUUGGAAGCUUAGUUUGGUUGCUUGCUCAUCGUUGCCAUUAGUCCUUAUUGGUUUUUCUUUAUUCGGUACUACUGUGAGACGAUUCACUAUCAUGGAGCAGGAUGCGUACUCAAAGUCUAGUACAAUUACUGAGGAAGCUUUGAGCGCUAUCCGGACAGUAAUUACUUUUUCUGGGGAGAGAAAAGAAGUAUUACGUUAUAGCAGUAAUCUGGAUAAAGCUGCCGCUUGUGGUGUAAAACAGGCAGGUUGGCUUGGAUUUGCUGGUGGCUUUGUUGGAAUGUCAAUAUACACUUCUACAGCAUUAGUAUUUUGGUAUGGAGUGACGUUAAUUCGGCAAGGGGAAUAUGAUCCAGGAUCUGUGAUACUAGUUUUUCUUAAUAUCAUAAUUGGAAGUUUGUUUCUAGGCAGUGCCUUACCGAAUUUUAGAUACUUUCAUGUGGCUAAAGCAUCAGCGCGAGAUAUAUUUGAUAUUAUUAAACGUAAACCUUUAGUUGACAAAACAUCUUCGAAUAAACAACUUGAUGAUUUUAGUGGUAAAAUAACAUUUAACAAAGUUUCAUUUUCAUAUCCGUCACGUCGCGAAAAAGUGAUACUCAAUGACUUGAGUUUAACUAUACAGUCAAACGAAACAACUGCUUUUGUUGGUCCUAGUGGAUGUGGAAAGACUACAAUUACACAGUUGAUCGAACGAUUUUAUGAUCCAGAUAAUGGUCAGAUACUUUUUGAUGAUACCGAUUUGCGUACAUUGAAUGUGGAUUGGAUUCGGUCCAACAUAGGAAUUGUUCAACAAGAUCCAGUUCUAUUCACAGGAACAAUAUCGGAAAAUAUUCGAAUGGGUUGUCUAAAUGAUACUGUAACUAAUGAUGAUGAUGAUGAUGAUGAUGAAAACAAUAUUAUAGAAGCAGCGAAAUUGGCUUAUGCUCAUGAAUUCAUUACAAAAUUGCCAGAGGGCUAUAAUACAAUGAUAUCUCGUGCGAACUCUGAAUUGUCGGUUGGUCAAAAACAGCGUAUAUCGAUUGCUCGUGCUCUCAUUCGUAAACCGAAAAUUCUGAUUUUCGAUGAGGCUACAUCAGCUUUAGAUAAUCAUUCAGAAAGAAUGAUUCAGCGUGCUUUAGAAAAUAUAAAAAUUAAUCGGACUGUGAUUAUAAUUGCUCAUCGAUUGUCAACUAUUCGAAAUGCAAAUAAGAUUGUAGUUUUAGAUAAUGGUCGUAUUAGGGAGAUAGGUACCCACGCACAAUUAUCCUCUACCUCAGGGUUUUAUUCAGCAAUGUUAAAACUUGAGACACCUGAUAACGUUUCUCCUUCAAUCAAUGACAAUAUGACUGAUUUACAAGCUGAUGAUACUAAAUUCUCAAACGAUAAUCAAUUGCUUCUUGACGGUCACAUAAAUAGUAAUCUAAAAAGUACCGACAGUUGCGUCAAUAAAAAUAUGAAUGUAUAUCAGGUGAACAAAGAUGAAGUUACUCUGAAUCUGUCUAGUUCAAAUGUAGGUAACAAACAACUCACUGUGAUGUCAUCUAUGCUUCGUUUGUUGAAAUUGUCUAGACCGGAAUGUAAAAGUGUAACGUUAGGAUGUAUAGCUGCAUCUAUAACCGGUGGAUUACAACCUAUAUUUGCUACAUUAUAUUCAGAAAUUUACUCUAUUUUUAGUUUAGUUCAAAAACCUGAUGAAAUGCAAAUUAGAGCUAAUUUAGUCACAGGUAUAAUAGCUCUUUUGGGUUUGAUUCGAUUAGCCAGUUCCACUUUUCAGGGUUAUUUUCUCGGUGUUGCUAGCCAAAAACUAACUAAACGUUUACGUCAAAAUUUAUUUGCAUCCAUAUUAAAACAGGAAAUGGCUUGGCAUGACAAACCAGAAAAUAAUCCUGGUGUUCUAUCAUUCAUAUUAACAUCGGAUGCAAAUAAAGUGAAUACAUUUUGCGGUACUUCAUUAGGUCGUCUAAUCGAAUCAGCCAUAUUGGUAAUAUUUUCAUUGACAAUUGCCUUUGUAUAUAACUGGAAGUUGACUUUGGUGGUAUUGGUUUUCUCUCCGGUCACUAUAUUAUCAAGUUAUCUACAGCUUCGACAAAUUCAUGUCAAUUCUAAUGUUAAUAAUGAAACUAUGGCUGCUCGUAUUAUUUACGAAGCUCUUAGUUCAGCAAGAACUGUAUAUGCUUAUGGUUUGGAGAAUUAUUUUUGUAAACAUUAUUCUACUGUAUUAAAUUUAGAAAUGACUGCUGGCAAUCGUACUUUUACAAUUUAUUCAUUUGUCUAUGCCUUAGCCCAGUCAUUGCCAAUUUGUUCUUAUGCUGCUACAUUUUCUUAUGGAGCCUAUUUAAUGAGUUUAGAAGAAAUUAAUUUGACUGGAAUAUUCAAAGUUUUUGCUGCUAUCAGUUUUGCAGCACAAGCACUUGGUAGGACAUCACAUGUGGGACCAGAAAUGAAGCAUGCUUCAUUGGCAGCUAACCGAAUUUUUAAAAUUCUCGAUAGAAAUUCUAAAAUCCCUGUAGAUGAAGGUUUAUGUCCUGAUCAGUCUAUAAACAAUGUUCCUAUUGAAUUCAGACAAGUAUCAUACAGAUAUCCAUCUAGACCAACAUCUUGGGUUUUAAAGGACUUUUCGUGGACAUUCCAACCUCGUCAGAAUACUGCUAUUGUGGGGCUUUCUGGAUCUGGUAAAACUAGUAUAUUAUGUUUGAUUCAUCGCCUUUACGAAGCUGAUAGUAGUAACUCAUGUAGUGGGAUAUUUCUCAACGACAUUAAUAUAAGAAUGAUUUCACCUAAGUGGAUUCGCGAGCAGAUUUGUGUUGUAAGUCAAGAACCACAACUUUUUAAUCUUUCACUUAUGGAAAACAUCGCGUAUGGGAACAAUGCACAUCCUGUAACGAUGGAUGAGAUAACCGAUGCUGCACGACGUGCAAAUAUUCAUGAAUUUAUUAUGACCCUACCACAAGGUUACAACACAUUAGCUGGUCCGCGAGGUACACAUAUUUCUACGGGUCAGAGACAAAGAAUUGCAAUAGCGCGUGCCCUUGUGCGUAAACCGAAAUUGCUACUUCUAGAUGAAAUUACUUCCGCAAUGGACCCAGAGAACGAACGGUAUAUUCAAAAUUUAUUAACAGGACUAUCACAGGACUAUACAUAUCUACUAGUUACCCACAGACUACUCCCAACUACACAAGUCGACCAAAUUUUGUUCAUAUCCAGAGGUAGGAUUAUCGAGUCUGGUUCAUUUGAUCAGCUAAUACAAUCUAAAGGAGCAUUCUAUGCAUUGUUUCGUCCUGAAGAGACCAAACAUACUUGAUCUACGAAAUUUCUUGUCUUCCUAAGCGGUAACAAACUCAUAAAUCUCAAACUAUCAAUUGAGCGGCCGAACUUCACUAGCACGUUUAAUGAACAAUAAAAAACAAAGUUUAAAGAAUAUUAUGUAUAUUAAACCCACUCAUUCUUUUAAAUACAACAAGUACAGAAACAAACGUCUUUUUUAUAAAUGCUCUUUUAGGAGGUAUAACAUAAUGAAGCUUAACACUAGUAAACAAAACGUUAGUUUUUUCGCACAGAAAACAAAGUAUUGGCGCAUUAGCGAUAAACAUUAUUGCCAACAAUAGUUCAUUUGGAAGCUUGAUUUUGGGGGUAUUGUCUACACAACUCCGGCCCCACGAAUCAGUAUUAUAGCUAAGUGAUCAUCUUUACCAUAAUCUUUCUCUAGUUGCGGAGCACUUUCACGCAAGAGAUUCAAAGCAAAAUCACAUGGUGGGAAUGCAUACAGCACCCCAGAUGUAGUUUCUGCAGUUAAAGGGGAUGAAGAAUCGUUUGAGUUUUGGCCACCAGGAUUUAAAAGAACCACUCCUGCGGAGUCUUUUGCACGUAAAUAUCCGAUUAGAUUUCGAAGCGGUCUUUGCGGUUGCUUAUCGCCAUCUCCAACUUCACUGCAUAAAACCGAAUGUGGAGGUACAGCCAAAAGAAUGCAAAACCCAGAGGAACCAGCUGUCUGAAUGCGCUGAUUCACGUCAUCUAACUUCACUGGAUCUAGUCUCAUUCGUUGAGUAAUACGUAAACAAACUACCUGGUCUUUGUUUGUACAACUACUUUUAGCGCUACCAUGUGCAUCAUCCUGAGAUUCACUAGAAUCAAUGUCAUCCAGUGACGUAUGUUUAUCUUUGUUCGACUUCUUACCUGCAUGCCGAGUUUCGUUUGAAUGCGCAGAUGCUUCUGAAUUAAAUCCCUGGUACAUAAACUGAUCAACAAGGCUUUUGUCACCUCUCAAAAUGUGCAUUCUGCACUGAAAACUACUCGACUUGAGAUAAAAUGCUCCAUCCCAUGCCGAAGGAAGGCAAGAUGCCAACUGUUCUACGUUUGUGGAUGUUUCUAAUGUGGGUGAUCUCGAGGAAGAAGAUGAAUAUCUGCGAGAUUUCGAUGAUGAAGGAGAACGUGAAACAAAACGCGUCGAGUCAGCAUCAGGACUAAGUGAUUGAUCUCUUAGACUACGUUUAGGCGCCCUCUCAUGUGUAGUUUUUCUAGAUCUAUGGCCAGAUUCUCGCCUAUGACUUGACGAAGCAGAAUGACUUCGGUCACUAUCAGCAUACGUCUUUCGGUCGCGUUUGUAUUUUGAGUAAUGAUUAUUACGAGAGUAGGCAUUGUCUGAAAAAGAAUCUUCACGUUUUAUUCGAGGUGUCAGUGAUCUUCUGGAUGAGUAGUGCCUGGGACUUGAUUCUGUGGACGAAUUUCUUUUCAACCGUUUCCAAUUAGGAUCUCUAAACAUAUGUGACUCAUCAGUGAAGUCCACUCGGAUCCGUUUAUGACUUUUUCCUAACGGAUAUCCACGUAAAAGAUCAGCUGCAACAGCUGCAGACUCGCUAUCACAAUAAAGAAUAUGAGCAUAGUUUUUACCAGACGGCCAGAUAAUUUUCUCAGGUGCGCUGAUACUAUUAACAAGGGUUGCGAACUCAGGAUAAUUUGUCCAUGGACCCAAUCCACCAACCCAUAGGCAUCGUGUGGGAAUAACUUUCCCAUAACCAAUUUUGAAUCUGUAUUCACCUAUCAUUUGUCC